GUCAUAGAUCAAAAGGUCCUUGUUACGAAAACUUAACCAUUCCCUUCGAUGGCUACAAGCAGGACUCGACGUGCGAGAGGUGACCGACACAUGUUUUCGUCUGCGGACGACAAUGCCAUGAUGAAAAACAUACUUGCUACCCACUCCCCUGAUGGAACCAGUAUUGAUGUCAUACCGCUUCUCCAAAUCAUUGAGGACAUCAUGCAUAGGGCUCGUCCAGACGCAAGUCAUCAUGGUUCUCAAGCGGAGUUAGAUGCAAUAGUGGAUAGUGUGCUUUAUAACGACGUAAAUGAGAUGCUUGAAGUUAUGGCGCUCACAAUCAAUAAGGUUUCUUGUGAGAUUUCUUGCAAGUGUAUUGGAGGGGGAGAUGCCCAUGCGACUACGACGGGAAUCUUUAACAUGCUUUCCAAUUACGGGUGGGAUGCAAAAGCUGUUAUUACUUUAGCAGCUUUUGCAGUAAAUUAUGGCGAGUUUUGGUUGGUGGCUCAACUUUACACUGCCAACCCACUCGCCAAAUCACUAGCCCACCUCAAGCAACUGCCCAGUGUACUAGAGCAUGGUGAGUCUCUUAAACCGAGGUUUAGCGCUGUAACUAGCCUCAUCAAGGCCAUGCUUGAUGUCACUCAUUGUAUUAUCAAAUUUAAGGAGUUGCCCGAACAAUAUAUUAGCCCUGAUACACCAGAACUAGUGAUAGCCACCACUCAUAUUCCCACCGCGGUUUAUUGGAUCAUUAGAAGUAUUGUGUCUUGCGCAUCCAUACUCAUUAACCUCAUCGGAAUGGGACAUGAGCAUAUCACGACGACCACUGAAGCUUGGGAACUAUCAAGUUUGGCUCAUAAGAUCAGCAAUAUUCAUGAUCACCUCAAACAUCACUUGGAUCUUUGCAAUCACCACAUUAAUGAGAAGAAGCAUGUUGAAGCAUACUUAACUCUUCUUCGCAUCAUGGACACUCCACAUCUUGAUAACAUGAAGCCACUCAAACAUUUGAUUUACUUAAAGGAUGAUCAACUACCAUUGUAUGAGAGCUCUACAAAAAAUCGGGUUAGCAUCGAAAUAUUAAGGAAGAAGAUUGUGUUGCUCCUCAUAUCCGACCUUGACUUACGCCCCGAAGAGCUAUCAGUUCUUGACCAGAUGUACAGAGAGGCUAGGCAAGACCCGACAAGACCCGAGAGUCAAUACGAGGUGGUCUGGCUCCCAGUGGUGACCAACCAUAAUACAACACCAUGGACCGAGGAGAACCAAAUCAAAUUUGAGGGGUUACGAAACAUGAUGCCAUGGUAUUCAGUGUUUCACCCCUCGUUACUUGAUCCAGCAGUGAUCAAGUACAUCAAGGAGGUGUGGCACUUUAACCAAAAACCAAUGCUCGUGGUGAUGGAUCCUCAGGGGAGGAUCGUUAACACCAACGCGCUACAUAUGAUGUGGAUAUGGGGAAGCGUAGCUUUCCCGUUCACUAGCCUGAGGGAAGAAGCCCUUUGGCGCGAGGAAACUUGGAGGAUCGAGUUGCUCGCGGAUUCCAUAGAGCCAAUGAUUUUCAAUUGGGUUGCGGACGGUAAGUACAUUUGUUUAUAUGGAGGGGAGGAUAUAGACUGGAUACGAAAAUUUACAACCACCGCACAAACGGUGGCCCGUCGGGCCGGAAUCCAGCUCGAGAUGUUAUACGUGGGGAAAAGCAACCCGAGGGAAAAAGUAAGAAAAAACAAUGAUAUCAUCCGAGCCGAGAAUCUUAGCUACGUGUUAGACUUGACCCUUAUAUGGUUCUUUUGGGUUCGACUCGAGAGCAUGUUGCACUCAAAGUUGCAACACGGAAAAUCUUUUGAUGAAGACUUGAUUUUAAGAGAGAUCAAUGUGAUGCUUACUUAUGAUGGAAAUAAUCAGGGUUGGGCUGUGAUAUGUCGCGGAUCAGAUGAUUGGAUGAAAAGAGUUAACGGCGAAACAAUUUUAACAAGUCUGAACAAAUAUGAUGAGUGGAUGGAUGAGGCGGCGGGGGACAAGGGGUUUUUGGUCGCGUUAAACGACCAUCUUGAGGCUAACCGACCGCCACAUCAUUGCAACCGUUUAAUCUUGCCGGGAACCGCUGGGAGUGUGCCCGAGAGAGUGGUUUGCGCUGAAUGCGGACGGUCGAUGGAGAGGUUUUUCUUGUACCAAUGUUGCACUGACUAAUUAACCUUAUGUUUCCUGCACUCUUAAAGAGCAGAAUAUUGUAUGGAUUAUAAAGUCUUGUUAUGAUAUAACAAUAUAACAGUUUGUUGCUAAUUUGUAUUUGUGAUACUUUUAUUUGAA